AUGCCUACAUGCUGGCGCGCCUACCUCUGGAAAAAGCUCCAAGACGCUGGCAUGACCAACAUCGACUUCGUCGGCUCCCACGCUACACCUGCAGCAGGCUGCACACUCAACGGUCAGAGCAUCGACUUUGACAAAGACAACGAAGGUCACUCGGGAGCCAAGGUAACCGACUAUGCAAACAACAACUCGUUGCCUCCAUGGCUCUCCGCCGCCAAUCCAGACGUGAUCAUCAUGCAUGUCGGCACCAACGACGCCACAGCCAACAUCUCAACGGCAAAGGUCAUCUCCGCAUACGACAAGCUCCUCGGCCAGAUGCGCGCCGCCAACCCGAAGACCACUUUGAUCGCCAGUAAGCUCAUUCCUAUUGAUCCCAAUCUGUUUGGCCAAUUCGUGGCCGACAAGGUCAAUGACUAUAAUUCUGCGAUGGACGGCUGGGUCAAGAAGACCACUACGGCGCAGAGCCCGGUCGUGCUUGUAGAUUUGAACACCGGGUUUGAUUACAAGACGAUGACGAGGGAAGGCGAGCAUCCCAAUGAGAAAGGAGAUGUGUUCAUGGCGGAGAAGCUAUUCCCGGUGGUGAAGGAUCAGCUGGUGAAGAAGAGCGUGGCGAAGUUGAUGGGGGAGUAA